CGCAGCCCGGGGCGGGCCGGUCCCUCACGGCGCUCUCCCGCCCUCCGCCGCCUGCCCUGAGGGCUCCGCCGCUCCCCGCCCUGUGGCGGCCCCGGGGCCAGUGGGCGCGGCGGUUCCCGCCGCCAGCGCAGCCCCCUGCCCGCCCGGCUCCGCCCGCCACAGCCACCUCGCCUUCCCUCGCCUCUCCUCGCCUCUCCUCGCUCCUGCCCGGGUGCCACCGAGCCGAGGCGCCGGGCGGGCAGCGGGCGGGCGGGCGGCCGCGCCAUGAGCGCCGAGUGCAGCAGUUACCUCAACGCAGACAAGGUGCUGGUGAGCGGGUUCAGCUGCCCGCGGGCGGGCGGCGACGCCCGCGCCGUGUUCUGCUGCGGCUUCCAGGACAUCAAGUACUGCUGCGAUGACCCCCACAGCUUCUUCCCCUACGAGCACAGCUACAUGUGGUGGCUCAGUGUUGGAGCACUCGUGGGCCUGUCAAUAGCAGCAGUGGUCCUGUUUGCUUUUAUCAUCACUGUGUGUGUUCUCUGUUACCUGUUUAUCAGCACCAAGCCACGCAGCAAACUCGAUACUGGUUUGAGCUUACAGACAGCAGACAGUGAGGCCAGAGGGAGUUCGAUAUGUUAAAGACAGAGGCACUGAAUGGAUUCUACCAAUGUUAUGAAGAAAAGAGAUACAGAGCUGCAUCCAUGACAAAGCCCCCACCAAAACAAGCUGUUGCCAGAGCCAAGUGACUUCAAGACACUUCCUAAGGCACAAGCAUGGACUGUGACUGCAAGCCACGAGAACCUGACUCACUCUUCCAGAGGUGUUUCCUGGCUCUUACAGUCUGAAGGGCCAACCUGAAGCUGUGCCAGGCUGUUUGUGUAUGGUUGCUGUACUGAGAAGUUGUGUGUUUUGAUUUGCACAUGUCAGCUACUGCUGUUCAGUCAUUUCCAUGCAAGUUGUCUCUACCCUGUGCAAUUCCAGUGAGAUAACACAGUUGUCAAGAAGAGCAGAAUUUGACACACCAUGUUGACCAAGCUUUAUUUUAAGCUUUCCCCAUGCACCAUCCCAGUGUGGUGUCUUCAUCUCAUGAACAUGGUUGUCUUUAGCCAAAUGUGACUGUUCAGUGCACAAACCAAUGUGAAUGUAGUACCUCAAUAAAAUCUGACAUUUGUGUUGUAUUUUUCUUAAUUAAUCAUUUCCCCUCAUUUUUGUUUCCUCAGAAGAUUCUUGUGAAUCUUGAGAUUAUUUUGAAGAAUUUUCCAACAAAAGGUGAAGUUAAUAAAGAAUAAAUUUUUGUAGGGGACUUAAGAUUUAAGCUGUUUUCACUGGCAUUGGUAUACACUGAAAUGAAUUGAAAUAAACAUCCACAAUUGUUUUGCAGAUUCUUCAUCAAAACAUGUUGGAAUAUUUCAUGGGAGGCAAACUAAAAUUUUCCGGUAGUAUUUCAGUUUGGAGCACUAAUUUGUGAAGUGUUGAACUUCCUUCAGGUAAUCAAAGAGCUCUAAUUGCACAUUUUAUUUCUCCAGAAGUCUUAGGAACAACCAACACAAUCUUAACUGUCAUAUUUGAGUUGUCUGUUCUUUCAAGCUUUCAGUCUUGAAAUCAUGAACAUUAGUGAUAAUGAUUUCUUUUCAUCUUGUGAGGCUUUUUUAAGGUGAGUGAUCAAAAGAACUUCAAACUGUUUAACCAUGCUGUUGAUAAGAAGGCAGCAGACAUUAUAACUUCCAUUUGCAGAUCAGGCCUAAAAUAUUUACCUACCAUGUCAAUUUUGUCUGUUGUUAUACUUCAACUUGUUAAGAUAGAAUCCUUGUCUACUGUUUGGGAGUGACACCUUUUUGUGUGAUAGUGCUUGAAAUUGAAACUCUGUAGCUGUCUGGUACUGUGCAUCAAAACCCCAAAGUGCUUCUGAUCUCAUCUGCUCUUGUGUGAAAUAAUACAGCAGUGCCUCCCAUGGAAGCAGAGAAUGUGGUGUGUGUUCUUCCAAUAGCUGUCUGUAUGUAAAACCUCAUUAAACUGCUCUUUGCCACUAUGGACUGGGAGAAAAUUGAAACCACAUUAGAUGCAUAAAGAAAAUGUUUUUAUAACAACAGGACAUAAACCUGAUCUUCCAGCCUCAUAACUUUCUAGAUUGGGACUGUCAAAGAGCAGAAGGGAAAGGAUUUAUGAGUUUUGCCAUCUGGUUUCCUUGGAGGAUGCCAGCCAUGAGAUAAACACUCUGGAAGCAUAUGCUUCAUUUUGAACCACCAAUAAAAGAUUUAUGGAAGAUGAAAAAAAAAUUUAAGUUAUUUUAACUUCAUACAAAUUUGAGUCAGCACUUCUUUAAUUUUUAAAUUCUAAAGAUACUUAAAAGUAGCAAGAUGAAUAUUUUGAAUGUUGCAAGAUCAAAAUAUCUUUGAUUUUUGUCUCUCGGGCAAUUUCAAAAUCUUUGAUUCCUCAAGUAACAAGGUUAUUUUCCCUCAGAUACUGGACUAUUUAUUCAUUUUGAGUCUCUUAAGGCACCAAAGUAACAGAAUUAAAAGUAAAAAACAGAAUGCAAAAAGAAUGGUUCCAGUUCUUUGGUUAUGCCCAAUGUCUGUUUUUGUUUUCUGUCACUGUGCUUAGGAAAACCCAUUCCUUUGCCCUUUUAGCUAGUUGUUUUGUAAUUGAGGGUUUCUAAAUGUCACCAAAAAGUACCUCCCACACAGGUUUGAUUAGGGAAUCAGCACACUGCCCAGAACAGCUUUCAAAUGUAAUGUGCAGUCACAACAGGGGCGACUCCCUGUGCUUAAUAGGCAUAAUAAGCCUUAAUGUACUUGUUAGACAUAGCCCUAAUUUUUGCCCUGGGAACAUUUUAAGCUUAAAUUGCUUAAAUUACCACAUAAAGCAAAUUCGGGGCUUUUGUGCCAUCAGCCAUACGGAAGCAACUAAAUCUCACAGGAGUUGCUGUGAGCAUUUUUUAUUGUUUUUUUAAAGUUGAGGAGUUUUUCUUAUCAUAGGGACAAAAAUAAAGUUGGGUGAAAUAGGCCUCUCAGGCUGUGGGAUGCAGAAAGUGUGUUUGUGUCUGUGCACACACAGAUACCAACAAAGCAGCAUGAUGGAUUUCCUGGUCCCAGCCAGGCUGAUCCCCACUGGCAGUUCUGGGCUGCUUCUUCCUUUGGAGUCACCCUGGCAGAAGUGGCAGCUCACUGCAAAGUGAGCAACUUCUGUCAUCCUGCCAUUCUCUGAUACUGCAAUAUUGAUAACUGCCUGUUCACUUGUGGGACUUA